CUACUAGCGAGGGGCAUUUUGUCACAGGUCACAACAGACACUGCUCUCUACCACCCUUCCCCUCUUCACAUUCCUGUCUUCGAACUUGGCAUUGCCCUUCUUGAGCUUCGUAAAUUAACGGUAUCCUUGACUGAUACGCUAGAAAGACAUCGUGCAGAGCACCCUACUGUCCGCACACCUUCUGAUACCAGAUACCCUGCUCACUUGGUCGUACAUCAUCACACCCUGAUACCUCACAACAUCCUAGACGUACAAUCUACAACGAAACCAGAAUGUCCGCCGCACAAGCAAGAGCCCGCGCAGGGAAAUACACAAAGCCCAAGAGAGGAGGCGGAAAGAAGUUUAGCCGUGAUCUACAGCCACUCAAUGCCGAUGGAGAGGUUGUAGGCAUGUGGGGUGUCCGCGACAAGCCCGAAGAGGAUGACUCCUCUGAAGAAGAAGAAACCUCCUCAGAGGACGACGGCCCCUCAGGCCCCUCGACGGCCCCCCCAAUCGCCGAGAUGACACGUGAAGAACGCAAAGCCGCUGCAAAGGCUCGCAAAGAAGCCGCAAUCCGUCGCCAAAACGCAAAGCCGGCCGCCCCAGGCGACAUGCCAACGGAUAGCGAAGAGUCCUCCGAAGAGGAAGACGACGACAUGCCUGCAAACCCAAACCAUACUGCCAAGGCACGCAGUCAGGCUGCCGCGCCCAAGACUAUCGACGAGGAGGAAGAUGCAGACAAAGGCAAGGGGGGUGGCAAGAAGCCGGUCGGUGAGCUGAGCAGGAAGGAGCGUGAAGCUAUGGAAGCGGCAAGGAAGAAAGCGGCGUAUGAGAAGGCCCAUCGUGAACUGAAGACAGAUGAGGCGCAGGCCGAUAUGGCGAGGCUGAAGGAGAUUCGCGAGAAGCGUGAGGAGGCUGCCGCAAGGAAAAAAGCUGAGGCGGAAGAGAAGGCGGAGGCGGACAAAGCCAAGAAGGAGCAGCUUGCGAGAAUGGCGAGAGAUGCAGAGAAGAAGAAUGCGAAGCGUGGUGGAAAGAAGAAAUAGAAUUCAUUACUCUCCUCAUGACUGAGAAGAUCAUGCCAUCACAUUACUCUCAGCACCAGUAGUUAUCACGGCAUAUGUCGCGUUUGGUUCGAUACAGCAUAGACACGGAAAGCAUUGACGAAUGGAUUGUUUCAAAUGAUCGGAGACCACUCCCAUUGACUAAGCUAUCUCGUCGGUUCCUGCAGGUAGAUAUAGUACUGUCCUGCGCCGUGCUCAUUCCCAGUCAUCAAUAUAAUACAAAUGUGAUGAUAAUG